AUGCAAAUGAGCAGGUGCGGUGGCUGCCGGCCCGUUGCGACGGCCCGAGCCUCGGGGAUGUUAGAGGCGCGCUGGGCGGCCGCCGAGCAGACGCCCGGGCUUCGAGCAGCGAGCUCCGGUCUCCCACCAUGGCCCCCGCUCCGCCCCCAGCCGCCUCUUUCUCGCCCGCCGAGGUCCAGCGGCGCCUGGCGGCCGGCGCAUGUUGGGUCCGCCUCGGGGUCCGCCUCUACGACCUCACCGACUUCGCGCGGCACCACCCGGGGGGCGAGCAGCUGCUGCGGGCGCGGGCGGGCCAGGACAUCAGCGCAGAUCUGGACGGACCUCCGCACAAGCACUCUGACAACGCGCGCCGCUGGCUGGAGCAGUACUACGUGGGCGAGCUGCGCGGGGACCCGCAGGAUCCCCCGGAGAAAGAGGCUGCCACCUCCACAGAAACUCAGAAGACAGACCCUGCUCUCGAACCAAGGUUCACAGUAGUGGACUGGGACAAGGACCUGGUGGACUGGAAGAAGCCACUGCUAUGGCAGGUGGGCCACCUGGGAGAGAAGUACGAUGAGUGGGUCCACCAGCCGGUGACCAGACCCAUCCGCCUCUUUCAGUCAGACCUCAUCGAAGCCUUGUCCAAGACUGUCUGGUACAGCGUCCCCAUCAUCUGGCUGCCCCUGAUGCUGUACCUCAGCUGGUCCUACUACCAAACCCUGGCCCGUGGCAACGUUCGACUCUUCACCUCAUUCACAACAGAGUACUCGGUGGCCGUGCCUGAGUCCGUGUUCCCCGGGCUCUUCAUGCUGGGCGUGUUCCUGUGGAGCCUCAUCGAGUACCUCAUCCAUCGCUUCCUGUUCCACAUGAAGCCACCCAGCGACAGCUACUACCUCAUCAUGCUGCACUUCGUGAUGCAUGGCCAGCACCACAAGUCACCCUUCGAUGGCUCCCGCCUGGUCUUCCCUCCUGUGCCGGCCUCCCUGGUGAUUGCCUUCUUCUACGUGACCUUGCGACUCAUCCUGCCUGAGGCGGUGGGGGGCACGUUGUUCGCCGGGGGCCUCCUGGGCUAUGUCCUCUACGACAUGACCCAUUACUACCUACACUUCGGCUCACCCCACAAGGGCUCCUACCUGUACAACAUGAAGGCCCACCACGUGAAGCAUCACUUUGCACAUCAGAAGUCAGGAUUCGGCAUCAGCACUAAAUUAUGGGAUCAUUUUUUCCACACCCUCAUCCCAGAGGAACCCCACCCGAAGACCCAGUGACCGCCCUCACCUGUCCCCCCCACCCCAGCGCCUCCCUCCCGCCCCCAGCCCUGCCCGCGGAACGCCGCUCCUUUU